AUGACUGUCAUACUGGAUAGAUGGCAACUAAUUUUACCACUUAAUAAUGAGAGAAUUGUUAUGUCAAAUAUUGACAUUAAAAAAGUUGUGCAAAAUUACUGCGAUUCCAAACAUGGACGAAUUUAUCUAUGUUACGGAACAUAUUCUCCAAAGCAGGAUGUGUGCUGUGGUAGUCAAUUAAACGUUCCAGUUUUUGGAAAAAAUGCAACCAUCUAUUCAUCUGACGGUGUCGAACAGAUUUUAUUAUUACAAAAAACUUGUACGUUAUGUAAACCUGUGUAUUAUCCGCAUUAUAUUACAAAACAAGAUGGUGUAGAUUACAUUAUUAAUAAUGGAUUUGAUGAUUUUAUUUUGAUAUUUGGCGUUACUGGAUAUUCAAGAGAAUCAAUGAAUACAUUUGAUUGUGAUGUACUCUUCAAACAUUCCAGUUUCGAAGCAUUUUCAAAAGCCUAUGCUUACAAGCAAGUAUUAAAUAAUCAAAUUUCUCGACAAGAAUUUGAUUGUCGACAUUUUGAAUAUACUUGGUUAUUUUAUAAAGCUGCACAAUCGAUGUUUAAGCGAAAGAUACAACUGAUCCAGAUUCCACUACAAUGCGAUCUUGAUCUUUUUUUAUUGAAUUCAAUGACCGAUGAAUUAGGCGCAUUUUCUGAUCGAUGGUCAAAACAUGCCGCAAGCAAUCCCUGUGGCGAUGAUUGUUCCAAACUCAUGGUUAUCGAUGGGCAUCAGAACCAUAUAGCCGAAAUAUACAGUUUUGGAAGUUUUAUCGAAUGA